GUUCUCUCCUUUCAAGAACUCCCCCUGAUUCACGUUUCCGUGAGACUUUUGUAUGAAGAAUAGUCCACUGUCAUUAAAUUUCUUCCACUCUAUGUCAUUGAUCUGCGUAAAUCUCGAUUUUUUCGGAGUACCCUUCUCGUGAUUCCUUCUGGGCAGCUGCUCUUUCUUCUUCAAAUCUGGCUUUGCGGCAGCUGAGAAGCUCGUGUUCCGUUCAUGGGUCCCUACUAUUUCUGGAUUUGAAGAUUGAAAGGAUGCCCCUUUUGCUGUGGUUUAGGGUUUCCGAUUGCUCGUUCUUUUCCCUCGUGGAAGCGUAGAGUUGGGUUUCUGCUACAUUGCUCUUGACAUUUCGAAGUAGUUCAGAUCGGGCUGUUCUUGUCUGAAUUCGAAAAUUUGGUCGAUGCUUCUGGUUUGGUAGUAGUUGCUCCAAUGGCUAAUCCUUGGAAGAGACAGAGACUUAGAGACUCGGCUUUUCGCCGUUUAGUUCUCUUCGUUGGAAUGACUCUUUCAGUAGUUCUGUUUUUGGUGUCUAUGACCAGAACAAGUUCGAACAGGAAGUUGUCUGAUCUGUAUGUAGAUAAUAAUUUGGACCAAGAUUUGGAAUCUAAGCUGAACACUUCAUUGCUAACAAUAGCUAGAGGCAACGAAAUGUCGGUAAGGUUGCACAGAAGAAACCACUUGCCGCCGAGAAAUCUGGAUUUGUAUCCUCGUUUGGCAAAGGAUCAUAUAGUUGUUGUCUUGUAUGUUCACAAUCGGGCACAAUAUCUCAAAGUGGUUGUGGAAAGCUUGUCCAAGGUAAAAGGAAUAGACGAAACACUGUUGAUUGUUAGCCAUGACGGUUACUUUGAGGAGAUGAACAAGAUCGUCGAAAGCAUCAAGUUUUGUCAGGUGAAACAGAUAUUCUCCCCCUACUCUCCUCACAUAUUUCACGGUAGUUUUCCCGGGGUAUCUCCGAACGAUUGUAAGGGCAAAGAUGACGCGGAAAGGAAGCAUUGCGAAGGGAAUCCCGAUCAGUACGGCAACCACCGGUCCCCGAGGAUUGUGUCCUUGAAGCAUCACUGGUGGUGGAUGAUGAACACGGUUUGGGAUGGAUUGGAAGAGACAAAAGGUCAUGAGGGUCACAUCCUUUUCAUCGAGGAGGAUCAUUUUCUUUUCCCUAACGCUUAUCGCAAUAUACAGAUUCUUUCCAAACUGAAGCCGGAGAAAUGCCCUGACUGCUAUGCUGCUAAUCUAGCACCAUCUGAUGUGACCUCAAGAGGAGAAGGCUAUGCCAGUUUUGUCGCCGAGAGAAUGGGAAAUAUCGGUUAUGCUUUCAACCGAACCGUGUGGAGAAGCAUACAUAAGAAGGCCAAAGAGUUCUGUUUCUUCGAUGAUUACAACUGGGAUAUAACCAUGUGGGCAACUGUCUUUCCAUCGUUCGGUUCUCCUGUUUACACCUUACGAGGGCCUCGGACUAGCGCUGUCCACUUCGGGAAAUGUGGCUUGCAUCAAGGUAAAGGAGACAAAGGUGCUUGUAUCGAUAACGGGUCGGUAAAUAUUGGUGUUGAGGAAACAGAUAAAGCUGUCAAUAUCAAAGAGGAAUGGGGAGUUCGGGUAUUCAAGCAUCAACCCGGAUAUAAAGCUGGGUUCAAGGGUUGGGGAGGGUGGGGCGACAGGAGGGACCGCCAAUUAUGUUUGGCUUUUGCCACGAUGCUACAUUCCGGAAACACUGCCCCUAUCCCUUCAAGAGUUGGGAGUUCCCGGAAUUUUCGUUGAUGCCGAUAUAUUCAACGAGGCAUGUCUUAUGUAUUCUCACGGGACGGGAAUUAUUGAAAUCCGUAAAGGGAUAGGUAGGCUAUGUUAGAAAUUUUUUGUCAUGUGUGCCCUACUGUAUACUCUGAUAUGUAUGCUUCACAAGCCUUGCUCUCAUGAGGUUUGCCUUCCAAUCUGACAUUUGCAAGAAGACAUUAAAAUUCCUGUAUUUUUGCUCUGAUUUCUUGAAUUUGUUUUCUAUGGCGAGUUUAUGGCCAUAUAUGUCUCUGUCACAAUUCUGUAAUGCUGGUAUUAGAUCAUACAUGUCAAUUGCCUGGUUAUCUCUGGUUUAUCCUUUUUCUUUGGUUCCAUUCAAUAUGGUAUCAAAGAUUAGAUCU